AUGAUUGAGGAGUAUUGGGUGAGCUUCAGGGAGACCAACAGGGGGACCAGCAGGAGGACGGGCAGGAGGUCCAACGGGAGGACCAGUAGGAGGUCCAACAGGAGGACCAGCAGGAGGACUGACAGGAGGGCCAACAGGUGGACCAGCAGGAGGACCGACAGAAGAUCCAACAGGAGGUUCAGCAGGAGGUCCAACAGGAGGUCCAACAGAAGGUCCAACAGGAGGUCCAACAGGAGGACCAGCAGAAGGUCCAACAGGAGGACCAGCAGGAGGACCAGCAGGAGGACCAACAGGAGGACCAACAGGAGGACCAGCAGGAGGACCAGCAGGAGGACUGACAGGAGGGCCAACAGGAGGACCGACAGGAGAUCCAACAGGAGGUUCAGCAGGAGGUCCAACAGGAGGUCCAACAGGAGGACCAGCAGGAGGACUGACAGGAGGGCCAACAGGAGGACCGACAGGAGAUCCAACAGGAGGUCCAACAGGAGGUCCAACAGGAGGUCCAGCAGGAGGUCCAACAGGAGGACCAACAGGAGGACCAGCAGGAGGACCAGCAGGAGGACCAGCGGGAGGACCAACAGGAGGUCCAGCAGGAGGACCAGCAGGAGGUCCAACAGGAGGUCCAGCAGGAGGACCAGCAGGAGGUCCAACAGGACUACUGGGACCCAGAGGAAGACCCAGAGGGUCCCGGUUGAGAAGUCCUCUCUCAGCGUUUAAGAAAAACAAAGUUUAUUUCAUCUUUAAUAAACUUUCCAAACUUAAAGGUCCAGUCUGCUGGACUUCUGAUUGUUACCCCCUCAUCUCACCCUGUCGUUCCUAACAUGAAGGAGAAACUACGGCCACCACAGAAUCACAGAAUCCAGAAUCACUUCAGUUUGUCUGUUUGUGUAGAAACAUGGCCGGCCACAGCGCCACCAACAGUCUAAUGUGAGGAUUGAUCUGACACACCGGACCUUUAAUCUGUUCGUUAAAGUGCUGCAGGCGUGAUCAGCUGUUCUGUUCUGU